GGCGGGGCCUUGGCGUCUGUUGUCAGGGCCCUCGUUGGCGUCCGGGAGCCGGUGAGGCCGGGAAGGAGCCCGUCCCCCGGCCCCCCAACGCUGGGCCUCCUUCUCCGACGAAUCCUCUUUGGGAACGGCUUACUACUCUGCCGACCACCGGAACAACCACCGCCCUCAGAAUCAGGCCAUUUCUUAAGCGCCUGCUAGGUGCCCAGCACUGUUCUAAGCGCUGGGACGGUUCACUUGGUAACAUUUGAGUUUUGAAAGAGGAAAAAUGGACGAAGAGCCAGAAAGAACCAAACGCUGGGAAGGAGGCUACGAAAGAACAUGGGAAAUCCUUAAGGAAGAUGAAUCUGGAUCUCUUAAAGCUACCAUAGAAGACAUUCUCUUCAAGGCCAAGCGAAAAAGAGCCUGUGAACAUCAUGGACAAGUUCGGCUUGGGAUGAUGCGUCACCUUUAUGUAGUAGUUGAUGGCUCAAGAACGAUGGAAGACCAAGACUUAAAGCCUAACAGGCUGACGUGCACCUUGAAGUUGUUGGAAUAUUUUGUGGAGGAAUAUUUCGAUCAAAAUCCAAUUAGUCAGAUUGGGGUCAUCGUCACCAAGAGCAAGAGAGCUGAAAAACUGACUGAACUUUCAGGGAAUCCUAGGAAGCACACAACCGCUCUGAAGAAAGCUGUCGAUAUGACCUGCCUUGGAGAGCCAUCCCUCUAUAAUUCCUUAAGUCUGGCCAUGCAGACUCUCAAACAUAUGCCAGGGCAUACAAGCAGAGAAGUCUUGAUCAUCUUCAGCAGUCUCACAACUUGUGAUCCGUCGAAUAUCUAUGAUCUAAUCAAGAGUUUGAAGGCAGCUAAAAUCAGAGUAUCGAUCAUUGGUUUGUCAGCCGAGGUUCGAGUCUGCACUGUGCUUGCCCGGGAAACUGGUGGAACAUACCAUGUUAUUUUAGAUGAAAGCCACUACAAAGAACUUCUACUUCAUCAUGUGAGUCCUCCCCCUGCCAGUUCAAAUUCAGAAUGCUCUCUCAUUCGAAUGGGUUUUCCUCAGCACACGAUUGCCUCCCUAUCUGAUCAAGAUGCUAAACCAUCUUUCAGCAUGGCGCAUUUGGAUAGCAGUUCCGAACCAGGCCUUACAUUGGGAGGGUAUUUCUGCCCCCAGUGCAGGGCUAAAUACUGUGAGCUUCCAGUUGAAUGCAAAGUCUGUGGACUUACUCUGGUAUCCGCUCCCCACUUGGCAAGGUCUUAUCAUCAUCUGUUUCCUCUGGAUGCUUUUCAGGAAAUUUCCUUGGAAGAAUAUCACGGUGAGAGGGUCUGUGAAGGCUGUCAAGGAGAGCUAAAAGAUCAACAUGUCUAUAUUUGCACCGUGUGCCAGAAUGUCUUUUGUGUGGAAUGUGAUGUGUUUGUUCAUGAUUUCCUGCACUGCUGCCCUGGGUGCAUUCACAAGAAUCCUACCCCUGUAGGGUUGUGAUCCAUCCGGCCACUCACGUUUUGUUCCUUCGUGGAUAAGAAAGCUGCCAGGAUGUAGCGAGGUGAUUUCAAAAGGGUUCUGAGGUGGGUGGAAGCAAAAAAAUUAAGAUCAGGUGGAAAGCAAAAUAGAAUUUAGGAAAUGUUUCAUUUUCAGUUUUAAAGUCUUCUGGGCCACCUAUUUAAAGAGCUUUGUGUUUUGCUAUGUUCAUUAUGCACAGUGGCUUCAUUCAAAAUGUAAGUCUGGUGUGGUAGCUUCAUUUGAUAAAUAAAAAUAACCUCUUGUACCUUUAGAAA